CGGUUGGCAAUUGGGUGCUUAUGAAGGUAGAGAGCAUCAACCUCAUCCUGCUUGCUUCUGAGGUGCAGGGUGAAAAUGUAACAGGGAUGUGGAGUCGGAAUAUUCUUUCUCUUUUUAAAAACUAACUCUUCUCAAUAACCUGUGAGAGGAUAUCGUAUUCGUCUCCUCAUCCAUUGAUAGUUUCACACAUGACACAGUAAUCCAUAUCUGAUAGAGCAUUAUCUUAUUUCUACCUUGACAAGGACGCCACUCUUCUCAUUCACCUACCUAUCUAGACCAACAUCAUGGAAGACGAAGAUUGGACCAUAAAGGAAAUCAAUGACUGGGUCGCUCGGGGCAUGCUGACCCGGGCGCAUGUCCUAUCUCGGGUUGAUCAUGGGAUCAGGAACAGUUAUGCGAGUCACCCCGAAGAAGAGCCAGUCAUCGAAGCCACAUUCUCGUCAGCUUCUAUUAGUACCUCUUCUGGCGAAGAUCAAGUCUUGACCGAGCCAGCCUUCAUCUCUCUUCUGCAAGCAAAGGCUUCCCUUCCCCAGGGUCCUGAAGGAGUCGAGGCUGGUCGAAUUAUCUACGAAAGCGUGGUCUAUCUUAGCUCAUUACCUUACCCUCCUAGCCAUCCACAGCCAUCUUUCCAAACGGUUGCCCUAUCCCUGGCUCAGUUGAGCCGAGCCCUGGUCUGGGCCUUGCCGAACCGCGCGAAGUAUAUUAUAGAGGAAAGCGACUUAUCUCGUAUGCGUACGCGAUGGGAUCGUCUGCGCCUUCUCUUCCAGAGCCUGGCUACAGGUAGCGUCCCCCUCACUGCGCAAGAUAGGGUCCGAGCCCAUGCUCGUUUACUUACAGCUCGACACUCCUUCGAUGUUUCGUGGGACGGCUGGCUUGAUAGCUGUGCUGUAAACCACGACGAUGAUGGGGAUGAGAUAUAUCAUGAUCUGUUGGAUGUGUUGUACUCCACACAGGAGGAGCGGCCGCGCUGGUCGGCACUUGUACCACGAGACGCCUUCCGCAACAUCGCGAAGCAGAUCAAAGCAGACGAGAAGCUUCCCGAGCUAUGCACUCUGGCGAUACCGCUGCAACGGUUCAAGGACUUGGUGAAAGUGCUUCUGGUGCUACAAAUAGACCUGAAGAAUCUUGGCAUCGACAAAAAUGCGGAUUUAUCCCAAUACGACGAUGCGGUAAACGCCAUCUGCACCGCUUUCGCACAAGACCGCGACACAGAAACAUCAGACCUAAUAACCUGGCCCUCAUUCGCGCAUGCGAUCGGGACCAUCGCGCCACACAUCGUCGAGCCUCUCUACCGCCUUCUCACCCUCACCUUCAUGAACAAAGAAUCCCUCAUCCAGCCCCCCGACCCCCCUCGAAUCCUCCCAAACGACGCAAUCCUCACGCUGCCCCGCACAAGCCAACUCAUCUCCUUCCUCGCCGGGUCCAUGGAUGCAGGGUUCCUGCGCCGCACAAACCGCUUCGUGUCACCGAACUUCCCCGCCCCCGCUGCUGUCGUACAGGCUAUGAUAAGCGUUCCGGAAGAAGCUAUCGUGCUGUUUUCCGGCCGAGUUAUCGCUUCUACGGACGUAACAGCUGAACAGGGGGGACCCUGCGUGUUUGGAUUGUUUAGUCCCAUACCGAGGAAUGAUGGGAGUCAGAUCCGCGCGGCGUCGGAGGUUAGUCCUGAUAAUCCGGGACAGCGGCAGUGCGAGCUGUUCCAGCUUGCGCCGGUGCAGGAUGUGUUUUGUGGUGUUGUGGGGGAGUCGGGGUGGGGUGUUGUUGUGGAUGCUGAGGAGGGUGAGAAUCUUGUGUUUGGAGAUGUUGGGGUGGUGGAUGGGGUUGAUGGGCGAAAGGGGAGUGUGACGUUGGUUUUGCGUGAUGGGUUGCGGCGCGGGAAGAUACAGCAGUGGGGAGGGAAUGUGGAUGGAAAGCCGGACCGAGAUGAAGAUGGCGAGGAGAAAGAGGGCGUGGUAUAUGAGGCGAAUCCGAAUCGAGGGGACUGGGAGGUUGAGUUUAUCGUGGAGGAGAUUGAGGUCUGGAGCGAGGAUCCUGCAUAACCACUGCCUGAAGAUAGCCUAGGUAGGCGUACGAAUGUGGCCCUUUUAGUUGCGAUUAGAAAUCUAUAGGUACCUAGAUUCACCAUUUUAAAACACCUCAUAUACUUCCUUUAUAGUUUCGUAUAUAUCGUAAUCUACCUAUCGUCCUAUCUAGAGUGGGCAAUAGAUUUUGCGAAAUAUUUGGUAUCAGUAAGAACAGAUCACCGCCACGCCACCCAAUAUCUCCUCCAGCCAGCCACCGCGACGCCCCUUUUCCCAUAGCAGUAAUACCCCGCCCUUGCCCUCCCAUCCUCACCAGCUAAAUGCCUCAUCAACA